CUUAAGUUGAUUAAACCUAAUGUGAUAUGAAUUUUGCUAUUUUCUGGUUGGUGGCAUUCAGUAUUUUUGAUGGCUUUCUAUCCCGCUUUUACUCUCACCUAUUUUCUCUCCUUUUCAAUUACAUCCUCCUUGGCUUCGUUUUCCCUUUUCGCUUUCUAGAGAUUCCGCUCGUCUCCACCUAUGCACCCGAUCAACCAUGGAUCAAUGUGUUCUCAGCUCCAACUUUAUAGAGCCACAGUGCUUCAUCGGGCCCUGCUGCCUAUCAUUGGUGGCUUUGCUCGGUGAGAAGGUCGCCUUUCCAGGAAACCAAAAAUAUAAUUCUUCCAUUUCCUCGUAUCAUAGCCAACAAGAAUCUCGUCUCGAGCCUUUAUGUGUCGUUAUUCCAACCACAAGCGAAGAUGUCUCAAUCGCAGUUCACUCACUAUCCUCUACGGCCGAGGCGCUUGGAGAUAAUAGACAAAAUAGUUGUCAAUUUGCUAUCCGAUCCGGUGGGCAUGCAGGUAAUGCUGGGGCGGCAAAUAUUGCUGGCGGAGUAACCAUAGACUUACGUUCUCUCAAUACUAUUGAGGUGAGUGAGGACAAGUCUACAGCCUCUGUGGGAGUAGGUACUCUUUGGGGUGACGUCUAUUCAACGCUCGAUCCCCUUGGUAUAUCGGUCGCCGGCAGUCGCGUAGCACAAGUUGGCGUUGGUGGGUUAACUUUAGGUGGCGGAAUUUCAUACUUUUCGCCUCGAUAUGGUUGGACGUGCGAUACGGUAUCGAGUUUCGAAGUAGUGCUGGCCAAUGGGUCUAUCGUAAACGCCAAUGCCGAUGAGAAUCCCGAUCUUCUUUUUGCUCUCAGGGGUGGCUCAAACAACUUUGGCGUUGUCACCCGGAUCGACUUUCAAACUUUCGAACAGGGCCCUAUAUGGGCAGGAGGGGUUCUUUCUUCCAGUGACACCAUAGAUGAGCAGCUGGAAGCGUUCGUUGAUUUAAAUUCGGCGGAAUCAUAUGAUGAGUAUGUGUCAUUGAUCACGAGCCUUGGUUACGCCGGCGGUCGCAAAACUUUCAUCUUGAACAACAUCGAAUACACGAAAGCCGAAGAGAAUCCACCGGUUUUCGAACCAUUCAUGAAGAUAUCCGCGAUGGAUGAAAAAGUGCGCAUUUCUAGUAUGGCAGAAAUGGCGGUAGAACAGGGCUCGUACUCGAAAAAUGGACGGCGUCAAUUAUUCGUCACGAUAACCCAUAAGUCCACCUUACCAAUGCUCAAGGCAGUUUACUUGAAUUGGAAUAAAAGUAUAGAGACUAUCAAAGGCGUUCGUGGCAUUGUCUGGGCCAUCUCGCUAGAACCGUUACCACCGGCCAUUUACGCGCGAUCCGCAACGUCUAAUGUUUUCGGACUUUCAGACAGGUCAGAUGCACUGGUCAUAACCCUGUUAACUGUAUUUUGGAGAAACGAGGCGGACGAUUCGAAGGUUGAGAUGGCAGCGCGCGGAUUAUUUAAAGAGAUUGAAGACGAUGCAAAAAGAUUAGACGCAUACGAUCCUUUCAUUUACCCGAACUACGCAGCGCCGUGGCAGGAUCCUAUUGCUAGCUACGGGGACGAAAGCUUGCGGAAACUACAAAGAGUGAGGAUGGAUGUAGAUCCGAAAGGGGUUUUCUCACGUCAAGUUCCUGGUGGUUUCAAGAUUCCGUUCUAGUUAAGGUAUAGCAGCGACAUGUUCAUCAUCAUAUGUAUGAGACUACAUGUGAGACUUGAAUAAUACGUUCCCGUUUCAUGACGACAUACGUGGGCUUGGUAGAGAAACGGAAUCUUCUGUGUCUUGUUCAUAGUCAAAGCCAGCACAGAGCUUUUUUAUUCAACGAGUCCCAGAAGCAUACUCUUGGUUCUUUGACCCUUACAACUGCAGAUCAAAGAUCGGGAUAAACUUGGUUAUUGAAGUUUAACUAUGUGAUUGUUUGCGAACAAAGAAAAUGAUACCAAACAUAAGACCCUACAUACCUAAUAUAUAAAGAUAUCUAUAAUCGCUUGAUA